AUGCACAUCCAUGCCUGUUUAUGCAGAAAUAACUGGCCUAGAAAGAGCAGCCGCUUCAUGAUGGACUCCAUUUCUAGACCAGUUACUGAGUUUUGCCUUGAUCUCUACAAAAGGCUCAACAGAAGUGCAGAGGACACAAAUAUUGUCUUCUCUCCUAUGAGCAUCUCUGUUGCCCUGGCCCUGAUCCAUCUUGGUGCAAAAAACAACACUGCUGCUCAGAUAGAGAAGGUGCUCCAUGUCAGGAAAGCUGCAGGAAGAAUGAGUCUUGGAUCAGAUCACGAGAGUGCAGCCCCAGAAAUGGAGCCAGAAGGAAGCCUGGAGAGUCAGCCUUCGUUCUCAGAGUGUAACAAGGAGGGAGACCUUAACCAUAAAGUGUUCCAGGAGCUGCUUUUGCAACUACAAAACCUUGGUGAAAAAUAUGUUUUAACCUUGGCCAACAAUCUCUUUAUACAACAAGGAUUUGAGCUCCAUCAGCAAUUUCUAAUGUGUAGCAAGGAACUGUAUGGAGCAGUGCUGCAAACAGUGGACUUUCAUGGUGCUGUUGAAGCUGCCAGAAGAAAAAUUAAUGCUUGGGUUGAAAGCGAGACACAAGGUAAAAUCAAGGAACUCUUUGCACCUGGUGUGAUUGACGGACAUGCAUUACUGGUGCUUGUGAAUGUAAUCUACUUUAAAGCAUCCUGGGAAUGCAAGUUUGAGGAAGAAAAAACAGUUCAGAGGGAUUUUAAACUGAAUCAGAACAGAAAGAAACCUGUGCAGAUGAUGUAUCAGAAAGGCAAAUUUAAACUGGGCUACAUUGAGGAGGUGGGUGCUCAGAUCCUUGAACUCCCUUAUGCUCAGAAGUCACUGAGCAUGAUCAUCCUGCUGCCAGCGGAUGUGGCUGAUGGAUCUGUCAGUGGGCUGGAGCAGGUUGAAAGCACAAUCUCCUAUGAAAAUUUAAUGCUGUGGGCCUCCUCAGAGACCAUGUUUGAGACAACGGUGGAGGUUUACCUGCCCCGAUUCAAGCUGGAAGGCACCUUUAACCUCAACCAGGUUUUACAGGAGAUGGGGAUGACCGACAUCUUCACUGAAUCAAAAGUUGACCUUUCUGCAAUGACGUUUGCAAAGUCUGUGGUGCUGUCAAACGUUGUCCACAAGGCCUAUGUGGAAAUCAAUGAGGAAGGCACCGUGGCGGCGGCUGGCACAGGAGCUUCCAUUGUCAGGAGGUCUCUGCCUCUCACAGAGGUGUUCAUGGCUAAUCACCCUUUCUUAUUCUUUAUUAGACACAAUCCUACCAAUACUAUCACUUUCUUUGGCAAACUCUGUUCACCUUAA